GCCAUCGAGCGGGCGCUCGGCUGCCAGCUGCUGGACGCGGCUCAGGUGAGGGUGCUCUGCGAGCGCCUGAAGCUCGUGCUGAGCAGGGAGUGCAACGUCAAGCCGGUGCCAGCUCCGGUGACGGUCGUCGGCGACGUGCACGGCCAGGUGUACGACGUCCUGGAGCUGUUCAAGAUUGGCGGAUCCGCGCUGCCCAUAGCACCCUUGGAUUUCUUGGCGACUACGUGGACCGUGGGCCUUUCUCCGUGGAGACGAUCACGAUCCUGGCCCUUCUGAAGUUGAGGCAUCCGCAGCGCGUCACGCUGCUGCGGGGCAACCACGAGAGCAGGCAGAUCACGCAGGUGUACGGCUUUUACUCGGAGUGUUUGCGCAAGUUCGGUGCGACCACCGUCUGGCAGUACUUCACUGACCUGUUUGACUACCUGCCGAUCGCCGCGCGGAUCGGGGAGAGCAUCCUGGCGGUGCACGGGGGGCUUUCCCCGUCCAUCCACCACCUGGACCAGAUCCGGAUACUGGACCGUUUCGCGGAGAUCCCCCAUGACGGGCCGCUGGCGGACCUAAUGUGGUCGGACCCAGACCCCGAGAAGACUGGGUUCGUCAUAUCGCCGAGGGGUGCCGGCUACGUCUUCGGGCAGGACGUGCUGAGCAAGUUCCUGGUGAUGAACGACCUCGCGCACGUGGUCCGGGCCCACCAGCUGUGCAUGUGCGGCUACCAGGUGCUCUUCGACGACAGCUUGUCCACGGUGUGGAGCGCGCCCAACUAUUGCUACCGGUUCGCGAACACAGCGUCCAUACUGGAGAUAUCCGAGGACCUCAGCCGCGUCUUCAACGUUUUCGGCCCCGCCCCCGAGUCGGAACGGCAGCGCCCAGGGGCCGCCGACGCCGCGGCGCCCCCGGCCUCGGGAGGCGCGGGCCCGGGCGCCGCCGCGGGCGCGGUGGCCGGCGCCGCCGCGCACGCGGAGGACGCCAAGGCGGACGGCAGGUACUUCACCUGA